UUUUUUUUUUUGUUAAUUGACAGAAUGUAUCAAGAUACUUUUGAGGAAGACGAUUUAAUUGCUGAGGUUGAGCUUGUUGCUCAAGCUCGUUACUCUCAAAAUAACGAUGUCGAUGAUGGCUUUGACACCGAAGUUGUUUCUACUCAAAACGCUACAACUCAAAUUCCCGAUGGUGUUCGAAAUUUCAUUCUUCAUUUCUAUCGCAAUGUCAUUGAUAAUAACGUGUAUGAGCUUCACAACAUUUAUGAUAACUCUUUCAAUAAGUUGACCGAGAAGUAUUAUCAAAAGCAAGCUUGGCCUGAAGCUGAAGUUAUUGCUCCUCUUGUUAAUGAUGAUCAAGUCUUUUUGACUUUAUAUCGUGAACUUUAUUACCGCCACAUCUAUGCUCAUUUGACUCCUACUUUGGAACAACGUUUUCAUUCAUACGAAAACUAUUGUGAUCUCUUUAACUACAUCUUGAAUUCUGAUGGACCUGUUUCCCUAGAAUUGCCUAAUCAAUGGCUCUGGGAUAUUAUUGAUGAAUUCAUCUAUCAAUUCCAAUCUUACUGUAAUUUCCGUGAUCGUACCAAGAACAAAACAGAUGCUGAAGCUACCAUGAUUCAAGAAAACAGCCAAAUCUGGAGUUGCUACAGUGUUUUAAAUGUCCUUUAUUCUUUUAUUCAGAAAUCCCGUAUCAACGAACAAUUAUUAGUAAGUAAGAAUGGAGGUGAUAUGAUGGAAGCCGCUGGAGAAUUUGGAUCUCGAUCUCUUUAUAAGAUGUUGGGUUAUUUCUCUAUAGUUGGCCUUGUCCGAGUUCACUGUUUAUUAGGUGAUUACAUUCUUGCUUUAAAGAUGAUGGAUAAUAUUGUUUUGAAUAAGAAGGCCAUGUUUGCUCGUGUAACUGCUUGUCACGUUACAACUUACUAUUAUGUUGGUUUUGCCUACAUGAUGCUUCGUCGUUAUGCUGAUGCUAUUAAGGCCUUCUCUACAGUCUUAUCUUUCAUUCAAAGAACCAAACAAUAUCAUUCUCGUUCAUAUCAAUUUGAUCAAAUUGCCAAGAAAGGAGAUCAAAUGUAUGCCCUUUUAGCUAUCUGUAUUGCCCUUUGCCCUACCAGAUUAGAUGAAAAUAUUCAUUCUCAACUCCGUGAAAAAUAUGGUGAACAAGUCUUCAAGAUGCAAAAGGGAGAAGAAUCACUUCCUGUUUACGUUGAUUUAUUCCAAUUUGCUUGUCCUAAAUUCCUUUCACCCACUGGUCAAGGUGCUGAUCCCCAUCAACACCAAUUGAAGGUAUUCAUGUCUGAUAUUAAGAACCAAAUUAAUCUUCCUAUCCUUCGUUCCUUCAUGAAAUUAUAUACCUCUAUGGGUAUUGAAAAGUUGGCCAAGUUUUUGGAAAUUGACUCAGAAGAACUUACAACCCAAUUGCUGAUCUUUAAGCAAAAGUCACGUCAAUACAAAUGGGUUAGUGGUGAUCUUUUGGAAGGUGAAUAUAUGCCUACUUCUGAUCUUGAUUUCUGUUUAAAACAAGAUGUUGUUCACAUUGCUGAAAGCAAGGUGGGUCGUCGUUAUGGUGAUUGGUUCUUACGAAAUAUCAAUCGUUGUGAAGAUAUUUUAGCUAACUUGGAACUUAGCAGAGCUUAAAAUAUAUAAUUUUUAAUAGUUUGAAUUUCUUUUAUAGAAAUAUAAUAUAUAAAAAGGAUGUAAAGGAUUUUAACAAAACAAAACAAAACAAAAAUGAAGGCUUUGAUUCUGAAAAAAAAAGGUAGUAGCAGUAAUAAUAAUAAUAAAAAAAGAAAAGAAAGCUACAUAUAUAAAAA